AUGGAAGAGCAGUUGCUUAAACUCCCACCUUUUGAAUGCGACAAUGUCCCUGUGUCGCAACUGCGACAAAAAUGGAUUGACUACAAAAAGCAAUUCCAGUAUGUGGCAGAUGCCAUUGGAAAAAAGAAAAGGAGAAAACUGAAGAGAAUAUUCCUGGCACUAGCUGGGCGACAGUUACAACGUGUCUAUGAAAGCUUGCCAGGUGGCAGUGGUGAAAACACAGCAGGAGGUGAAGAUGAUUUCAAAUCCAUGAUAAGCAGCCUUGACGAGUACUUCGCCCCAAAAAGACACGACACGUUCGAACGGUAUUCGUUUUGGUCAUUGAAACCUAGUGCCGAGGAAACUCUCGACAAAUUCCUGCUCCGUGCGAAACAACAUGCGAACAAAUGUCAUUUCGGAUCCUCGGAGAACGAAAGCAGAGAUGUUGCAGUAAUAGACAUAAUCUUGAUGCUAGCGCCUCCGGAGCUCCGCCGUAAAAUUUUGGAGAAAUCAAACAUAGAUAUGGACGAAUUGACGAAGCUUGUGAACACACAUUUUACUGUACAGCACCAAGUAAGAGAGCUGAACUUGUCAGAUAGUGGAUUCGGAAGCGUUUUAAACGCUAGCUACAAUCCAGCGUCCGUCGUCAACAGAAUAUUUGACACUCCGGGAAGCCGCUGGUCACAGAACCGCAGAGGGAACGAAUGCGGAAGAUGCGGAGGUAAAUUACAUAAAUCAGACGAUUUCUGUCCAGCAAAGCACGCUAAAUGUCGUAUAUGCAACUAUCAAGGGCACUAUGCGAAAAGGUGCAAAACUGACCCUAAGAAACGGAAAUUAGACACAGCUUACGUACGCCAACAUCCACCGAAAAAGUCAAAAAUUAAUUCUAUCGAAGAGUCAGGAUCUCCAGGAAGCGAGAUCGAGAGCCAACAUUCCUCCUUCAUAUUCGCGAUCAGUGAUAAUCAUGAUGAGCUCGUCUGGUUUAAGGUAGGUCAAGCCGUAAUCGAAAUGAUGAUUGACUCAGGGUCAAAACACAACAUAAUUGAUGAACGAACAUGGGAAUACCUACGAGACAAAAAUGCACAUAUCACCAAUAUUAGACCGUCAACCAAACGUCUGAGCGCAUAUGCUCAAUCCGGAACAUUGAUUAUCACAUGCACCUUCGAUGCUGAAAUCAACGUCGUAGAUGAGGCAAAGGAGGCCGGCAUCACAGCAAAUUUUCUAGUAGUGAAGGAUGGCAAACAGAAUCUGCUAGGGCGGGAAACUGCCAAACAACUAGGUGUGUUAUUGGUGGGGCUGCCAAGUGUCAUUGGUUCGACUGUCCCGAACAGCGUUGGAGAGAUCACUGGAAAGGAUACAGACAAAUUUCCAACCAUUAAAGGAAUAAAGAUACGCAUUGACAUAGAUGAGAGCAUCGCACCAGUGGCUCAACAUGUCCGCCGGGUACCAAUAGCCUUACGUCAGCUGGUGGAAGAUCAGCUCAGCAAACUACUGAGAAGAGGAAUAAUCGAAAAGGUAUUAGGACCGAGUCCGUGGGUAUCACCAAUGGUUGUCGUGAUCAAAGACGGCGGAGAGGUUCGCCUAUGCGUAGACAUGCGACGCGUGAACGUGGCAAUCAAAAGAGAACAUCAUGUAAUUCCAACACUCGACGAUCUACUUUCCAGUGCCUCCGAACACUUUCAAAGAAUAAUUGAACAAAUACUAAGUGGCUGUCCCAACUCAUUCAACUAUCAAGAUGACAUCUUCGUGUACGGCAAGACUGAACAAGAACACAAUGAAGCUCUGAAAGCGGUCUUAAAAGCAUUAGAAGACCAUAAUGUCAUUCUCAACCUGAAAAAGUGCAAAUUCAAAACUACAGAAACAGAAUUUUUGGGGCACACCAUCUCCCAAAACGGAGUCAAGCCAACUGAGAGCAAGAUAGCGGCGGUAUGCCAGUUCAGAUCGCCUAGUAGCGCCGAAGAGGUACGAAGUUUCUUGGGAUUGGUAGGAUAUGUAGGUCGUUUCAUUCCAGACCUAGCCACAAAGACUUUCGAACUGAGACAACUAAUGUCGAGUGAUCAAAAGUUGGAGUGGCUAGCGAAACACGAAAUUGCAUUCAGCGCUUUGAAGAAAGCUGUUUGCACCGCGCCAGUAUUGGGAUUCUUUGACAACCGCCGUAGGACAAGAGUCGUUGUCGAUGCCUCUCCGGUAGGUUUAGGGGCGGUUUUGCUACAGUAUAUCGAUGAACUCGAAGAUAGGCCAACCGUGAUUUCGUAUGCUAGUAAGAGCUUGUCAUCUGCGGAACGCCGUUACUGCCAGACCGAAAAGGAAGCGUUGGCGAUAGUAUGGAGUGUGGAAAAAUUUCAGCUGUACCUCAUUGGCAGAGAGUUUGAACUGGAAACCGAUCACAGACUACAACCGUUCAAAUUCCGAAUAGUUUACAAACCAGGUAAGAGCAACAUCGCUGAUCCGCUAUCCAGACUUUCAGCAUCAGCAGACGCUAAUGAAGUGGACAUUUCCGACGACCAAAUAUACAUCAAUGCAAUAACGGAGUCAGUCGCGAUCGACGUUUCGGAGAUCCGAGAUGCUUUAGACUCAGAUCCUGAACUACACUCAGUGAAAAGAGCGCUGAUAUCUGGUAGUUGGAGCGAUGAAUGCGAUACAGCAACGGCCAAAGAGUAUGCACCAUUUCAAAAAGAACUCAGCUUACUUGAGGGAUAUGUCAUCAGAGGCUGCAGACUGGUUGUCCCCAGGUCGCUUCGAUCCAGGAUGCUGCAACUUGCCCAUGAAGGCCAUUCUGGUGAAACUUCAAUGACAUCACGACUUAGGGAUCGAGUCUGGUGGCCAGGCAUGGACAAGGAUGCGAAGAAAGUGGUGAAGGACUGCGAGGGAUGUCGUUUGGUUGGCAAGCCAUCUCUUCCUGAGCCUAUGAGACGCCGGCGAAUGCCCAGUGAACCGUGGAUCGAUGUCGCGAUGGACUUUUUAGGACCCUUCUGGUGA